AUGAUGGACACAUCCCUCAAGAAUACCGAAAAGGACGUCGCUUCAAGUUUCUCUUCGGCGAAAAGUGGUAAAUUCAGACAUGCACUCCUCAAGACCGCUUCCGGGCGCCCCUUGUUGGUUGACAAAGAUUUACCCGUGCCCCCGGUCCUUAGUCGACAAGUUAGCGAGAGCCAAUUGCGGAACCCACGAGAAGACAUAGAUAGCUUUGAGAACAAGGCAAAGAUUGCCAUUCCAUCGAGAAAGUACUCGCCUUCCCAGAUGCAAGACAAUCUUGUACCUACUGUCAGUCAACGUCUCAUGGAGACCACGACCAACGUCGACCCUUACUUUCCCCGGGAAACCAUCUGCGUUGAUCCUCUAAUCCAUCCGGAUGAGUCUCAUACCAAGGUCCACCACCGUGGUAUCCUCAAAGGUGCUGACUUCUGUGACGCCGGUGUGCCUGGACAACCUGUUCCACAGCAACUUGAGAACAGGAUAUCUAGCUCUUCUUCUUCGUCGUCAUCUGCCUCUUCGGAGGCUGAAAUUGUUCUUGCCAAGGUUCGCCGAGCUAUGACUGGAGAUGAUCUUUGUCUCUCUACUGUCGAAGUCACCGUCCCAAAGCAUGAUGGACACAGCCAUGCCAUGAAGGUUCGGCCAGCUUUCAAUCUACCAACCUUUCAGUAUCCAAACAUAGGUCGCCAAAAACAAUCUCCUCUCGGAGUCUCCAAGGUCCGGUCGUUUGACCCAGCCAAGGAACAUUUGUUGCCUGAAGGGGAUAUCAUUGGACCGACAGAAAUCGAAGCUGAAGAGAGCAAGGACAGGCCGACCAACAUACCGGUCUCCAAAGUUCGACCCUUUGCCCAAGAACCCCCCGAGCUGAAUCAUCAUGCUGGACAUCAAGGAGUAUCAAAAGUUCGGCCCUUCAGUGACGAACCUGACAACGGCAAUCAAAAAGACAAGGAUGCCUAUUUUGCCGUCGGAUCAGAUGAGUCGGCAAGUGAGGGGCCCGCCAGAUUCAUCAAGCCACGUUCGGAGAGUACAACUCGCUCCCGAGCAAGCACUAUAGACUACAAGCGAACUGCUCAGUGGCUCCGGCAUCUACUGAAAAAUCCCGAAUCUCAUACGACCAAAUUGACGGAAAGGCCAUCCAAGGCAGAAAGAGCGUCCUAUGCUUCCUUGAAGAACUCUCGGGAACAAAGCUCAGUGUCUCGGAAGAUGACCCGUCAACCGACGCUUCCGACUACCGAAGUUGAACAGGGGUUUUUCCAAAACACUUUCGGGGAGCUAGAACGUCUCCUUCAAGAAGCUUUGGCACUGGCUUCUCGGGUUGCUGACGACGAAGAGGCGAAAUCUCCGCACCCUGUCUCAAAGGAAGCCACCCCCUAUGAUGACGCCUCUCAGUUCUCUGACAUCGACUUGAAUGAUGAUGGUAAAGCAAAAGAACCGCGAAAAAAACGCGCUGCUACGUUUCCGCAUGCCGGGCGGCCUGAAACCCGUGCAGUAGACAAUCUCUACCGUACUAUUUCUCUCACUCCGCAGACCCCAGAGCUCGAGAGCAUGCUUGGUCGUAAGAGUACAGUUGUCAAGAAAACCAAACGCAGACGCAAAUCGCGAUCCCGGCAAGCUGGACCUGUGCCAGACAGAGUUUCGAGAAGGAAGAGGAGCAAGAGCGUAAAGAAAUCGAAGCGCACAAAGCCAAAGCAGAUUGUCGAGCAACUCCCGACAGAUUCAGAGUCUAGCAUGGACGGAUCCAAUGACUCCUCUGCAGUCAACUUUCCGACUCGAAAUCAAGCUCAAGGAAGCAGCGAGCCGACUCGACCUCGAGCAAGCACGAAACGGGUACCCUUCUUAUCCCGCAACACAGGCGAGGACAAUCUUCCUCGGGAGGACUUGGGCGGCCGUCUGAUCCGUAAUCCACGAGGAAUUAGCCUACGUGGCAAGUCUCAUGUCAGUCUGCGUGGUGUACAAGGCUUCAGUCUAGCCAAGUCGAAAAGACGUCAGCCCAUUGCUCGGGACUGGUCACCAGUCCGGAAGAGAGCCAUCGCGGCUGUGGCUUGCAUCAGUACGGCACUGAUCGGUAUGAUUAUCGGCAUCUAUGCCGGUCUAGUACCCUCACUACAAUACUACAUCCUAGACACAAGCCACUCGAUCAUCAACGGCAAUGUGGGCUGCUUUCUUGGGAUGGCAAUUCCCACAUUCUUUUGCUGGCCACUUCCUCUGGUUCAUGGGCGUAAGCCAUACAUCACGACUGGGCUGAUUCUAUCCAUGCCACUUCUUUUCCCUCAGGCUUUGGCUAGAAUGGCGUUGUUGGUACCGCGAGGCUUCAUGGGUAUCUGCCUCGGUUUUGCAAGCAUGAAUUUUCACUCGAUACUCACAGACCUUUUCGGCGCAUCUCUCAUGAGCAGCAAUCCUCAUCAAGAGGUUGUGGAUGACUCGGAUGUAAGGAGGCACGGAGGUGGUAUGGGUGUCUGGCUCGGUAUCUGGACAUGCUGCUACAUUGCAUCUCUUGGCUUUGGUUUCCUCAUUGGCGCCGCAGUGAUCGAUCAACUCCCACCGGAUUCCGGUUUCUAUAUCAGCAUCGCUCUGACCGCAACCGCCCUUUUGCUGAACACUCUAUGUCCAGAGGUGCGUCGUUCGGCGUUCCGAAGAUCGGUCGUGGAAGUCAGAACUGGCACAGAUAUUUCCCGGCGUGUUGCUCGUGGCGAAAUCAUGAUGCAUCGUGUUAAAACUGGACCCAAGUGGUGGGGCCAGGAGUUGUAUCAUGGUGUCGCACUCUGCUUUGAGAUGCUUCGACAACCUGGUUUCGCUGUUAUGGCCAUUUACUCUGGUUGGAUUUACGCCCAGGUGGUUCUCAUCAUCGUCUUGCUGGGCUCCCUGACUUCAAGAUUUUACCGAAUGCGGUCACCAUUUGUCGGGCUCAUGGUAUCGGCGAUAGCAUUUGGCGCACUCGCUGCCAUCCCAUUCCAAAAGGCCAGUUACUUCUCCAGAGCGAGACAUACCCAGGUAAACACCAGUCGUAUGACAUUCGACAAACAGGUAACAUGGACAUCUCACCUUCUUCGCCGAUCCAUAUUCGCCAUUGGCCUCCCACUGGCUGGGAUCGUCUACACAUUGGUUUCGACUGGCCCACCGAUGCAUCCUAUUGCGCCUGCCAUUGUCGCCGCUGCAAUCGGCUUUCUUUCGUGCCUGGCAAUCUCAGAAUGCAAUGGACUCAUCAUGGAAACCUUUGACACUUCGGAUCUACAAUCUGGUAUGACUGGUCGGCCUCGAGGAAAUUCAGACAACGCACAGAAGAGGAAAAAUUACUCUGCCUACCCUCGCGUGACUGCCGGGUUUGCCGUUUGUCACACCUUGGGGUUCAUAUUCGCUGCUGGAGCAACUGCACUAGGCGGUAUGGCCCAGCGUAACCUCGGUCAGAGAGCAGCAACGGGAGUUGUAGCUGGAAUCUUGUUCAUUUUGACACUGCUACUAACCUUGACUCUGAUUCGGUUCAAGGAGGUCACGAUCAUUCCGGAGAGCAAGACCGAGGCGAUGGAUAGGUGGACAGCUGCGCGCAGAGAAUCUAUCAAACGCCGCGACUCGAUGCCAACUGGUGUAAUGGACGACAAAGAUGUCAUCGCUGAAGAAGAGCCGUGGCGUCCGUUUAUUGUUGGUAAUCCCACCAGCAAAACACGGCGAGUCAACGUCCUUGAGCUCGGUAGUCUAUCACGUUUCACGGAGAUCAGGAAGAGGAACAAACUCAUAGACGCCAACCAGCACCUGAACCGAGCAGCUUUCGAUGCUGGGAUAGAUGCUCUUGACGACCAAAUCAGCGAUGUCAUGAGUGAUAUCGUUGACGAUGUCAAAGACCUUGUGAGAAGAGGUAGUCAGAGGAGUCAAAGAAGCCAACGGAGUCAGCGAAGCCAGCGAAGCCAGCGAAGCCAGCAUAACCGGACCUCACGUUCGCGGCGAAACCAUCGAAGUGCGACAAGCGAUGGAAGUGGACACUCUUCUAUUGAGAUGACCUCUCUGGAGGACGUCAUGUCAGGAGGGCAUCGGCCCCGAUUGCCUGAGGAUGUCUACAGUGAACGAGAAUGCCUUAGAGGUCAAAUGGUCAAGGAAGAGUAA